UUUGAUAUUUUUGCUCCUCUGACCCUCUGGCACCAGCUCCCACCAUGACCCAACGAUCCUCUAUCACCAUCAAGUCAGGAGGCACUCGGAACUUCAGCGCUUCCUCAGCGAACCUCCUCCCAGGCUCCCGGUCCAGCUUCAGCUCGGUCUCCGUGACCCAGGGCGGGAAGAGAUUCGGGGGUGGCUUUGGGGGCGGCUUCGGGACCAGGAGCCUCCAUGGCCUUGGGGGCAGCAAGAGAAUCUCUGUCAGUGGGGGCUACCGCUCCAGCCGGGGCAGCUUCGGCGGCGCUGGCUAUGGGAUGGGCCUUGGCGGCAUAGGGUACAGGGUAGGAGGGAUAAUGCCUGGCUCUGGGGGUAUCCAUGAGGUCACUGUCAACCAGAGCCUCCUGACCCCCCUCCACCUGGAGAUCGAUCCCUCCCUCCAGCGGGUGCGGAAGGAGGAGAAAGAGCAGAUCAAGACUCUCAACAACAAGUUCGCCUCUUUCAUCGACAAGGUGCGGUUCCUGGAGCAGCAGAACAAGGUCCUAGAGACCAAAUGGAGCCUCCUGCAGGAGCAUAAAACCACCAGGGCCAACAUCGAGCCCAUGUUUGAAGCCUACAUCAACAACCUGAGGCGGCAGCUGGACAGCCUGGGCGGGGAGCGGGCGAGGCUGGAGACGGAGCUGAAGAACAUGCAGGACGUGGUGGAGGACUUCAAGAACAAGUAUGAAGAUGAAAUCAACAAGCGCACAGUAGCGGAGAAUGAGUUUGUGGUGCUCAAGAAGGACGUGGAUGCUGCCUACAUGAACAAGGUGGAGCUAGAGGCCAAAGUGGAUGCCUUAAUGGAUGAGAUCAACUUCCUGAGAGCUUUCUAUGAUGCGGAGCUGGCUCAGCUUCAGGACCAGAUCUCUGAGACCUCUGUCAUCCUGUCCAUGGACAACAACCGCAACCUGGACCUGGACAGCAUUAUCGCUGAGGUCAAGGCCCAAUAUGAAGACAUCGCCAACCGCAGCCGGGCCGAGGCUGAGUCCUGGUAUCAGACCAAGUACGAGGAGCUGCAGCAGUCCGCCGGCCGGCACGGGGACGACCUCCGCACCACCAAGAUGGAGAUCUCUGAGCUGAACCGGCUGAUGCACAGGCUGCGCUCUGAGAUCGAUAACCUGAAGAAGCAGUGUGCCGCGCUCCAGGCCGCCAUCGCAGAUGCCGAGCAGCGUGGGGAGCUGGCCCUCAAGGAUGCCAAGCACAAGCUCGCCGAGCUGGAAGACGCCCUGCAGAAGGCCAAGCAGGAAAUGACCAGGCAGCUGCGCGAGUACCAGGAGCUGAUGAACGUCAAGCUGGCCCUGGACAUCGAGAUCGCCACCUACAGGAAGCUGCUGGAGGGGGAGGAGAGCAGACUCACUGGAGAAGGUGUCGGACCCGUGAACAUCUCCGUGGUCUCCUCCUCUGGGGGCACAGGCUACAGCGGGGGCGGCGGCCUCUGUGUAGGCGGGAGCGGCUACAGCAGCGGCCUCUCCUAUGGCAGCGGGAGCGGGGGCUUCAGUUCGACCAGCGGCCGCAACAUGGGCGGCAGCACCUCCAGCAUGCGCAUCAUCUCCAAGACAUCGUCCACCAAGAAGAGUUAUAGGAGCUAA